UUUUAAGUGUUAUUUCCCUGUUCGUUUGGCAGCCGCAGGUCCUGUGGUUGCGGCUGCGGCAAUAAGUUUUGUUCAUUUUGUUGCCGCGACUUCCUGCAUCUAAACGCUGCGUUAACCGCAGGUACCUGCGUUUAAAAUUUUUAGACGCCGUAGAAAUUCGGCGGUGCGGCUAAUUUUACUGCGAUUCAAUUAUUAAAAGACCAUAUUAUCCUUGAUAAUAUUUGUAAAUUACAUUGAAAUGUCAUUAAACCUAAAACCAUAGAUCUUUCACGAUUCGCCAUAGAUUUUUCACGACUGCUUCUUCUCCCAACUCUUUCAAAAGAUUCAAACUUCAUCUUCAAUGGUUUCUGGGUUUGUUCAUUUGGAUUUUAUAGUUUCUGGGUUUAGUUUCUAAGCUCCGCUCAAGCUGUUUUCUCUCUCUCUCGGCCACUGGAAUUUCUGGAUUUCUUCCUUGAAGCAGUCUUCACCGUCCAUUGCUCCGGAUUCGAUAAGCUCUCUUCACUAUCUCUUUAUAAUUAAGCUCUCUUCACUAUCUCUUCAUAUCUUUGAGAUAAUGUUUUUGAUUAUUUUUUUAUAUAACUUUGGUUAUUUAUAACUUGAUGUUGUAUUUUUAUUUUAUUUCAGUUAAAUGUUUUACUUUAUUAUUUUUAAUUUAGUUUAUUCUAUGAUUUAUCAUAAAAUAAGUUGUUUUAAGUUGUUAUAGUUAUAUAUUCAACUUAAAAAUUAUUACUAACUAAAUAUGAUAUUUCUUAUAGAUAUAAAUGUAUUUAAAUUAUAUUUUAUUGAUUAAAAAUCUAAUUAUACAAAUUUAUAAAAAUAAAAUAUGAAUUAUAUAAAAACUUGUCAUAGAGUCUGCAACGAACAACAUUUAUGCGUCCUGCGGCUGCGUCUUACGGCUGCAACUGCUAUCUAAACGAAUAAUAUAAAUUUACUGCGGCUGUGGCUGCGGCUGCGACUACCAAACGAACAUCAAGCUGCGGUAAUGUUGCCGCUGCCACCACCACUACUCUCCCGCUGACGUUGCCAUUGCCGCCUGCGGCUCCCAAACCAACAGGGCUAUUGUUGUUCUUACGCAAGCAUUAUCUUUUUCAUGAAAUUCAUAAUAUAAAAUGAGUUAGUCUAUGGAGUAGAUGAUUGGGCUAUAUAUUUUGACUAUAAUAAUCGUAUCUUUUUCAGUGAACUCGUAGCAGGAGAUUUACAUAAAAGUAAAAUUUGAACUUUUUUGGAAAAAAAAACUAUUUCCUCUGUUUCAUAAAGAAUAUUAUUUUAGAGUUUUAUUUUUGUUUCACAAAAAGUUCAGUUUUAACUUGGUUAUAUUGAUGUAUUAAUUAGAAAGAGAAAGUUGUUUAUUGUAUUUGUAAAAGAACUUUCUUAAUAUAUGUGAAAAGAGUAAAAAGAUAUUUUUUUUAAACGUAAGAAGUAUUUUUUUUACAGUAGGCAACUAAUUUCAUUUUCCUUCGUAAUUGACAUAUAUAAUACUCUUGAGGAUAAAAAGUUAUAUACAUAUGGGGAUAAGAUUUAUAGAUACACAUUCAUUUAACGCCAAUCCAACUACCAUGCUCGUUCUUUGGGUCCCAUGCAGUAAUGUAGCAAUUGUGAAACUUGUGAUUGCCCUUGAAUCGUAUAAGAAUAUCUCGGUUUACUUAUAUAUACACUUCUUCUUCAUAAUAACUUCCUCAAGUGAUCUCUGCCUUCUCCAAUGGCUUUGCGGUUAAGUUUCCUAACUUUGUUCCUUUUCGCGGCAGCUCUCUCUUCUUGCCUCAUGGUCUCAGCUUCGCUAGUCGAAGGAAAAGUCUCUUGUUUCGACUGUCCCAAUGAUUACGAUUAUUCAGGAAUCAUGGUCAGCGUUAGUUGUAGCCACACCGAGACCCGGUUCACUGCCUCAACCGACAAGAAGGGCGAGUUCAUGUCGGAACUUCCCUCGAGGGAUACAUCGAACUGUGAAGCAGAACUCCAAGGUAGCUUCAAGCAACUUUAUGCUGCAACUAAGGCCAUUAAGUCCAAGAUUGUUAAGCUCGAAGGUGAUAAAUAUGGUCUCUCUUCGAAGUUGAUCUUCUUGAGAUCAUCCCCAAGAAGCCUCGGAUCUUUCGGUUCGUCAAAGACUGUUGAUUUACCAGUUCCUCGAGAGUGGGGGCUGGCUCCGACCAGCUAUUACUUUCCUUUCUUCCCCAUCAUCGGUAUCCCAUAAGAUCCACGGUUUAGUUUUAAUCUUUAGUUUGUGUCUUUCAUGUAAUGUAUUUAUAUGAUAUAUGUAUGUGUAGAGACAUGUAACUAUAUUAGCCUGUUCAUUUCAAGUUCAAGCUUGAACUGAGGUUUCUGUGUAAUCUUAGUGUAUGAAUGAUGCUUUCCUCUUAUAUAUGAAUCAUAGUUUCUUGUGAAAUCAUUUGUGAAAAUUCUUUAUCUUUAUGCGAUACUAAUUAGUGAGUAAUUUUUCAUGAUUUUCUUUAAA